AUGGAUCUCAAAGGUCUCUGCUUUGUGGCAUUUGCCCUGAUGUUAGGCUUCUCCAGUACAGUUGGUGAAUAUGCUGACUUAUCUGCUGAUCAAUGUGCCGUCCCAUCCAGUGAAAGAAUAAACUGCGGUUACCCUAAAAUCACUGCAGAAGAAUGCAAUAGCAGAGGGUGCUGCUUUAAUUCCAGCAUCCCUGAAGUACCCUGGUGCUUCAACCCUUUCGAAGAAGAAGAUUGUGAAGUUUAAUGUGAAGAUGUCUUCUCCCGGAUAUCAUCAGACAAAACCAGUAACCCAGUCUUUGUACAUUGCUCAAUGUUUGCCGAUGAUUAUUGUAUUCUCUAAUACAAUAUUAGCUUUUUGAUCCAG